GCGAACUUCUCACGAACACACACACACAAAAUAUACAUAUUUAUGUUCAAAGCAAAAUAAUAUAAAAUUCUGACACCAUAAAAAACAUAACGCGUCGCUUUACUCUAAUUUGCUUUCCGCUUAGACAGUUCGGUAGUAAAUUUUUAAUUACAACCGAGUUAAUCCGCAAUUGACUGCGAAACGUAUCGAAAGAGCUGCUCGGCGCGGAGUCGUGAAAAUAAAUAUAUAAUAAAUAUUAUAUAUAAUAAAAACGCGAAUUAGCGGGUCUGAGUUGUUGUUCUUUACGUUUGCGGUUCACCUUCGUGCUUUCGCGUAAGUGGGCGACACAGGAACGCCAACUACCGACAAAUUCGCUGACAAUAAGUGCAAUUAAGGAAUUUUGGCGUUUAAUAAUAGAUAAUUGUGCAAUAAUUAAAAGUAAAUGUUUGGAAGGUGUAAUUUUGCUUUAUUAAAUAAAUAUUCUAUUGUUUGCAAAACUUUUUAUAAGCCGCACUUAAGCACAGCCGCACAUCUGACUGCAAAUUCAGCAGUGUUAGGCAAGAGACGACAUCCACACAAACUACUAAUUUUGCCGCCAAGCACAACUUUCAGCCAAGCACCAUUUCACAUCACUACCGCACAACAACUACGCCAAAACAUGUCUGCAGAUUCGAAAUUCAAAUUGACUGAGGUUGAGGGUGACCUUUUCAGCGCACCCGAAACACACUCGCUGGCGCAUUGCGUAGGCGCGGACUUUGCCAUGGGCGCCGGCAUUGCGGUAAAGUUCAAACAAAUCUACGGACAAGUGGACCAGUUACGGGCACAGGGUGUACAAUCCGGCGGCGUUGCAGUGUUGCAAGAUAAAGAACGUUACAUUUACUAUCUGGUAACCAAGCCACAAAGUUGGGGCAGUCCCACCUAUGAUAGCUUACGCGCAUCGCUUGUGGCCAUGCGUGAGCAUAUGCGCAAGAAUAAGGUGCACAAGUUGGCUAUACCGCGCAUUGGCUGCGGCAUCGAUGGCCUUGAAUGGGACAAGGUGAGCGCUGAAUUGUGUAAGGUGUUCGACAGUGAAGAACUGGAAAUUGUUGUGUACAAUUUUGUGCCGAAAUAAUGCUAUUAAGCGAAGUUUGUUAUUUUGUUAAAAUAAAUAAAAAUAUCACUUAAUGCUGAGCAUUGCAGGUAUUUCUACUAGAUGAGACUUGAUAAUUGUUAAAAAAUAAAUAAUAAAAAAGUUAUAACAAA